UUGAUCAAUAAGAACUACACGAAUAAAACCAUAACUAGUUAUUAGCAAGUGUUCUCUCUGACCAUAACUAUCAAAGUCAAUUAUGGAGUUGUCAAAAAAUAUCCCACCAAAUGUUAUUAACAAUUCAGAAGACAUAAAUGAGGAAUUUAAUAAUUUUAUGCACAAAGUUAAUGAAGUUAACCGAAUAGUUAAAAAUCUAGCUUCAAAGGAUAAAGACGUACAAAAACGAGCAGACGAGGAGGCUAGACGUUACUUAGGAGAAGAUAAAGAAAUCCUAUACGAACAUUUUGACGAAGAAAAUGUUUCUUUGACCGUUUCGAGUAGUAAGACACUUGUAAAUCGCAAGGCAUUAGAGGAUGACAAGAAUAGAAAUCCUGACGAGAUGUCCAAAGAAGCAUUUAUGGAUGAAAUGUCACGCGAUGCCGACAGAAGAUACAAAGAAAAACAAAUAAGACGGGAAAAAAUGGAAACUCUCAAAAAACAGGCAACUUUAGCUUUUAGAAGGGGCGAAUAUGAAAAGGCCCUAGUGCUUUAUAACAAGGCAAUUGACCAAAUUAAAGAUAGUGUAACACUAUACAAUAAUAGGGCUUUAACCUAUAUAAAACUAGGAUUCCUGGAUAAAGCCAAGCAUGAUCUAACAGAAUGGGCAUUGAGAAUUAACGAGGACUGUCUUAAGUCCUGGUUAUUGUUGGCCAAAGUUAACUUUCUGGAUAAGAAAACCAAGGAAUACGAAAAUUCCGUUUUCGAAGCUAAAAAACGAAACCCUGACAAAAUAGAUUUUAUUGAAGAAUACUUGACUGAAAUUAGACUAGAAGAACUUGGAUAGGAUUGUAUAAAAUAUUCCUAGUUGUUUUUAUGGGUUAUAAUAAAAAAUAAAGUCUUGUUUG